CUGUGAUGCAGAUCCCUCUGCACUCGCAAAGUAUGUCGUUGCAUUGGUGAAAAAAGAUAAAACUGAAAAGGAACUUAAAGCCCUUUGUAUCGACCAGUUGGACGUAUUUCUCCAGAAAGAGACCCAGCAAUUUGUGGAUAAGCUCUUUGAAGCUAUUAAUAACAAAAACUACCUCCCCCAGACAGAGCAACCAGCUUUACUGAUAAAAGUUGAGAAAGAUGAACAGAAAAAGACGAGGUAAUCUGCCAACAAAUCGGGAAGAGGAAAGGGAGAAAAAAUUUUCUCGCAGAGUGAAUCACAGUCCUCCACAAUCUAGCUCUCGCUACAGCAGAGAUAGCAGGAGAGGAGAUGACCGCAAGAGGGAUGACCGUUCCAGGAAGCGAGAUUAUGACCGGAAUCCACCAAGGAGAGAUUCCUACCGUGAUCGCUACAAUCGCAGGAGAGGACGCAGUCGCAGUUACAGUCGCAGUCGUAGCCGGAGUUGGAGCAAGGACCGCAUCCGAGAUCGAGAAAGGGACAGGGACCGAGAAAGAGAUAGGGACAGAGAUAGGGAUAGAGAUCGCACUAGGAGCAGGUCCCACAGCAGAACUCGUUCCAGAAGCAGGAGUAGAGAACGAGAUUCUGGAAAGUUGAAGUAUGAUCAUGAUCGAGUUGACAGAUCAGAGAGUGGGGAUGGAUAUACGCCAGCCGCCCUGGUUUCAACUGCAACCACAUCCCACUUUCCUGUGCCAACACUUAGCAGCACCAUUACAGUCAUCGCCCCAACACAUCAUCAUAGCAACAAUACUACUGAGAGCUGGUCAGACUUUCGGCCUGAUCACCCGGUGGACCGCGGCCCUUUUAGUAGGGGACCACCUCCACAACAAAGAAAACGAUGCCGUGACUAUGAUGAGAAAGGCUUUUGCAUGCGAGGGGACAUGUGUCCAUUCGACCAUGGAAGUGACCCUGUUGUAGUGGAGGAUGUCAAUUUGCCAAAUAUGCUUCCUUUUCAACCUCCACCUAUUCCGGGUGUGGACCCCCCACCGCCACCAGGACUCCCACCCCCACCACCACUCAUGAACCCCCCACCUGUGAAUCUGAGGCCUCCUGUGCCCCUCCCAGGUGCUCUUCCACCUAGCCUUCCCCCUGUUGCAGGCCCGCCGCCUCCACUUCCUCCACUGCAGCCAGCAGGCAUGGAUGCUCCUCCCAAUUCCAUCACCAGCUCUGUUCCCACUAUUGUCACUUCUGGGAUGCGCUCCUCACUCCCCCAGGCCUCUGCACCACUCUUCACCUCUGACACUUAUGAGACAGAUGUGUACAAUCCUGAGGCUCCCAGCAUCACCAGUUCCUCCAGGCCUGUCUAUCGCCACAGGGUUAAUGCGCAGAGACCCAACCUGAUUGGCCUGACCAUGGGAGAGGUGGACCAGCCACAGAGAGAUAAAAUCCCAAAUAACAGUAUGAGGAUUGUUAUGGAAUCCGACUCAAGAAAGAGAUCGGCUAUCUCCCACGAUGGAGGCAUCCAUUCCAAGAAGCCUUGGUUUGAGAAACCCAACUUUAACAAACCCAACCACCAGGGCUACCACAAGAGAGCCCCAUUCAACUCCCUAAACGCCAAGCUGCUGGUUCGGCAAAUUCCCCCCGAGCUCAACAACAUCAGCAAACUCAAUGAACAUUUCAGCAAGUUUGGCACCAUCGUUAAUCUACAGGUGGCCUAUCAGAAUGACCCAGAGGGGGCACUCAUCCAGUUUGCUUCUCCAGACGAGGCCAAGCGGGCUAUGCAAAGCACCGAGGCAGUUCUUAACAACCGCUUCAUCAGGGUGCACUGGUUUCGUGAGGAUGGAGCUGAAGGUCACGGUCAGGGCCAGAGCCAGUCGCACUCACAGCAGCAGCCACAUCCAGCCAUGCAGCCCUCAGCCACAUCUCUUAAACAGUCUGUGAAAGACCGCCUCGGACCCCUGCUCACUGUGAACUCCGAACCUUCCCAAGAUUCCAGUGUAGCCUCUCAGAAUCCUUCAAAAGUGUCGGUGAAAGACCGUUUGGGUUUCUCAGCCAAACCAGCAGCUCCUGUUGAGAAGGUUUUUUCUACCUCCAUGGGACUCACAAAGACUGUAUACAAUCCUGUUGCUUUGAAAGCAGCACAGAAAACCACAGAGGACGCCCUGAAGAAGAAACAGGAAGCUCUAAGACUACAGCAGGAGGACGUGAGGAAGAAGAAGCAGGAAAUUCUGGAGAAACAUAUUGAGACACAAAAGCUCCUGAUAUCCAAACUUGAAAAGAACAAAACAAUGAAAGCUGAGGAUAAAGCCAAGAUCAUGGAAACUCUUGGCACCUUGACAAAGAGCAUCACCAAACUACAGGAGGAGAUAAAGGGAAUCUCAGGCAGCAACAAUCUACUCCGGACAGUCAAGAGCAAAGCCCAGGCCCAGAAGGAGCUGCUGGAUGCCGAGUUGGACUUGUAUAAGAAGACUCAGGCUGGAGAGGAUACGGCUAUGUUGAAGAUCAAGUACACACAGCUUCAAAUUGAGGCGGCCAAAAGGGGAAUCCUGUCACCAGGACGAGGACGGGGAGUCCACACUCGGGGCCGUGGAGCUCCCAGGGCCCGAGGCAGGGGUACCAGAGGGCGGGGAAGAGGUGUGCCAGUGCAUGCAGUUGUAGACUAUCGACCGCGAGCUCUGGAGAUUUCUGGAUUCAGUGAAGCGGACCACGUAGACCUACUGCCACACUUUGCUGUAAGUAACCUUUAAACUACUGUAGUUGAUAAUUGGUUAGAGAUCAGUGAGAGCUGUGAAGACUAUUUUCAACUUGUUGAGUGAGCAGGUCAGUAUACCUCAAUUUAAUAAUUUACUCUGUGUAACCAGAAAUGUAUGAAAUUCACUAUUUCAGGUAACUGAUACAAUUAAAACUGAUGACAGUCAUGGUAUAUGAUACAUACUUUAUAUUUGCCACCACCAUAUCACACUCUGCAUGUUAAAUUCCAUAUUACUAAUAUACAGAAGGCAGGCAAAAACCAACAGCGCCCUCUGGUGUAUGUAGUUGCACAGUAAUACAUAGUGUUAAAUCUGAUUUCAUUCAUUACUUGGUAU